AUUGUCGAGUGAUUAGAUGUUUAAAAGUACCUUUCCAUAAAAGGUACAUUUGUUAAGUGUUGAAAAUUUUUACGUGUAUUCUCACAUCGACAAAAAAAAACUUUUUUUUUUAAAUCAUGGCUUCAAAUAAUUUAGCAAUGAUCACGUUUUCUUUAACUAUUUUUUCAUCAAUUGUUGCAAUCGCGUGGGCUUGUAAUGGAUACUCAUUGAAAAUAAAUGAAAUAAAAAGUUGUGGUGGUCCAGAUCAAAUUAUUACACUAUCCGAUGAUUUCACAGUUUGGAUGGAUGACGAUUGUAAUAUCAUAACCAAAGGUUGUGCCAAAGUUAAAGCUUUUAAAACCGCAGUUGGAAAAUAUAAGGCUGUUAAAGCUCCAUUACCUCCAUUUGCUGGAGAAAUAGAUUUAUGUGAGGCGGUUGUACAGUACGCAGAUUUAGUGGAUCCAUUCUUUGAACUAUUAGCAUUACCAAAAAGAUGUCCAGUUGAUGACAUGGAUUACUGUUUAGAUGGAACAAAGAAAGUGAGCAUUGCCAAAUACAAGAAGAAAUUAAGCAUGGCUGCUGGUAAAAUUGAUGUACAAUUAAAUGUUACGCACGAUACUGGUGUCUCUUGUACGCAUGUAAAUUUAGAAAUUAUUCGACCUAAAAAAGGAUAAAUAAUAUCUAAAUAUUAAUUAA